CUUACGUGUUUCCCACCCUCCUCGCUCCCGUUGUUUCUCCCCAUAAAAUGCGAACCUGCCGAAUUUUUUGAAAUAUGCUUUUUGCUCUUGUAGAGUGAGUCUUUUGUAAGUUCUUCUAUCCUAAAGUGUUUUACGGUGUGUGUCAAAAAUUCACCACUCGAAGCGCUGUUCUUGUCCGCCGUUACAAAAGUCGAACAAGCUCAAGGUCUAGACAUCCACAUGUUUUCCACCACACCACGACGCUCUUCACACAACGCGCCUAAGCAAGAAACUGCUUACAAGCCUGAGCCGCUAAACGUGGCACGAUAUUAGAGCCAAGGGGUUACUCUCGAUCUGCCGUUGGAGUCGAACGACUUGGGAUCCCCAAUGCCACGAUGUCUGGCGAGUGAAAUAGCAGUGCGACUGCUACAGACGUGAUAAAUACCGUGGUGGUCAACCACGCGAACGGUUCUUAUCCUCUUCGAGCGCUCCUCUUCGGCUGGCAUUUACGUGAUGUAGUGAGAAGUCCUCGUUAUGUAGGGAGAUCACCUCACUGCUAUAUCACCGACAGGAAAAGGAUCACCGACUGAAUGUAAAGGGAGCUUACUUACCUCGAUUUUGAUCUUAAUCUCCGCAGAAGAAGAUCAAGAUGUCGACGAAGAAGCAAGUUGGCGGUUACAUCCUUGAGAAGAGGAUAGGGAAGGGGUCUUUUGCCGAGGUGUGGCGAGGGAAAAUUGAGGCUACGAAUGAAGCCGUGGCCGUUAAGGUGAUCUCCAGGCAGACCGUGCAGGAAACAGCACAGCUGAAACAGGAGGUAGCUGUGCUGAAGAAAUUGUCAAGCCCACAUUAUGUUCAUGGGCACUUGUUGAUCACACAAAGUUAGCUAUACCCGACUGACUCUUCUUGAUGCCUUUUGUGAUUGUCUACUACUUCACUAUCCCUAUUCGAUGUAUUUGUUUUUUUGCGCGAAAAGUAAGUCGACGUCGAAGUGCACGUGCCAAUUAGGUUGAGGUGGAUGAAUCUAAACAUGAUGCAUCUUUACUCGUCCCAAAGUUCACCGUGUAGACGUGCAUAAUUAACUUCUUCUAUACCCGUGAAUGGGUACACUACUACUACUGCUACUAGCUCUAAUCCCCCAUCGUCCGAUUUCGAGACCUGAAGAAAAGCGCCAGUCACUUCUACCUCGUUUUAGAAUAUUGCAACGGUGGCGACUUGAGCAGCUAUAUCGCAAAUCAAGGAAGAAUAUCGGAAUCACUGGUAAAUAUGAUAUUGAAUAGUUAUAAGGUAUCAGAAGUAUCACUCCUCUUUCAGAGACGGUGACACAGUUGUUGAAGACUGCUUCAAAUUACCUUGUUCUUGCAUCUUUCUAUGUAUGAUUGAGGUACCAAUCACCGACGCUUACGCCUCAUCAAGACAGUCUAAUUACUAGAGCUACCACCCUCCCUCAAACAACCUCUACUACUCACAACUAGGGUCGCCUAUUCUUGCGGCAGCUUGCAUCUGGACUUUCGGUCCUUCAUCGCCACAACUUCAUACAUCGAGACUUGAAGCCUCAGAAUAUUCUCUUAAUCGCGGAAACGCCACCAGUGCUGAGGUUAUGGAUGGUUGAUUAUAUUGUGAUUGACUCAAUCUACCGAACUCUUCUAGUACAGCUGCUCUUACUCAUGUAGAGACAUGGAGACACUCAAGCAAAGCUAUAAUUCUUUGGCGAACUCUCUAGCACAGCUACUCUCACGUGAGGAAACUUCAACCUCUACCUUAUGAUUAGAGUUACAUCAUUAUUCGCAGAACAUACAAGAAUAGAAGGCCCCUUCCCUUCUAAGCCACAUAGCAGAUUUUGGAUUUUCUCGUGCCUUACAACCGAUGGAUAUGGCGGCAACAAUUUGCGGAUCUCCACUGUAUAUGGCUCCAGAGAUUCUGCAGCACCAGAAAUACGACUCUAAGGCGGAUUUAUGGUACAAAACUAUUGUAGGUUUUUCCGUAUGUAGGUCGUCUUUAGCUGUUGUUGCCUUAACCUCAAGUUGAUUGUCUCGCUGGAUUCAUGCAUGCUCGUCUGUCAAAGGGGAAAUCUCUACGAAGAGCACCAGGACGACUUUCUUAUUUGAACUUUUGCAAGUACAUCUUCACCAUCUAGUCAGAACUUUUGCAAGUAGAUCACGCUCUACUCAUACUCAGCAAGGUCUGUCUGCAUUCUUACUUGAACUUUGUAAGAUCGACACCGAACAACAGGUCAGUCGGUGCGAUUCUGUUUGAGUGUUUUUGUGGAAGUCCGCCUUUCACGGGUCCGAACCCAAUGCAGCUUCUGGCGAACAUUGAAUCUGCAGGAGCCCUGAAGUUCCCAGAAGAUUGCAGUCUUAGCACUGAGGGACGUGCCUUUCUGCAGCUUUUACUUUAUGCAUGCUGUAUUCGAAGUAUUCGCAUUGUGAGUUGCCUCUCAGAAACUGUCGCUUAGGUGGCUUACUAAAUCAUUUCAUCAUGAAUCAGCAUCCGCUAUGACUACGUUGAGUUGUGUCCGUGAUUAUCGAUAUGACUACUACUCACAAUCUAGACAAAGGUCGCCAUAAUCCAGAGCACGUCGUUAUGAUCCAGUACAAAAAAUGGCGUAGGACGUCGUAAACACGAGCUGGUGAGCAUCAUCGAUCUAUCUAGGAGAACCAUCUCGGUAGUUAUGAGCAUCUGAUCUAAUUUCUCGCAAAGGAUCCAGGAAAACGGCUACCUGCUAAUCGCUUCCUGCAGCAUGACUACGUUGCUGGGCCUCUCGAGGAAAUGGAGCUGUGCCUCUACAGCAGCAAGGCGACUGAUGAUUAAGGCCUUUCUCGAUUGAUCUGGAUUUCCUCCAAGGUCAAAGAAAAAGUUAUUUGUCUAAAAAAUCAUAAUGUGAGUGGUCAUUGUUACGAUGGUACGUAGUUGUAGACCUUGCCAAAUGGUACUUAGAUUGUAGUAUGAAAAGCUCUAAGACGACGGUGUCUUCAUCCAGAAGGAGGAGAAUAAGAAAGCCGAAGUUUCAGGAACCGAGAAAGGCGAAGUCUCUGUAGCGCAAGGAUCACGGCAGGGCCCACAUCCAGAAGGUGUAACCACUUCUCUAGAUAAAAAUAGCAAGAAACAAAACCCUAGAGGAACCACUGGUGAUGUCCAUCUUAGUACUGAAGAUGAUCAUCAUCUUUUGACGGUCGGAAGCUCUGGCAUCGAAGCGAGGGAUCAAGACGAACAGCCACAGCGAGCUAAGCAGGGCACUUCCUUCGUUUUGGUGGAAGAACGAAGCUCAGACUGGAAACGGAGUAACCAGUCUGAAGGUGAGCCGUCAUCACAAGGCACAGCCGAAAUUGUCGACGAUACACCCACUGCAAAAACAGUAGGCGACCUCGAUCUCGGUGAGGAGAACAUCACCAAAAGGGGACGAGAUAUCCAUGACGACGACCACCACCUAGUUGACCAACCUAAAACAUCGACACCGGCACUAGGCGAGAGAUUGCCGUGGCCUUUGUCAACAUGUGACACCGAUGCUUCAUCAAGCAACCAUGUGGGAGGCACUUCAGCAAGCAACCAUGUGGGAACCAAUGAGGGCAGAGAUUUGGACUUAUGGCCAAUAAUUUAUUUUUACCUGCUCUUGGUCGACUACAGAGGGCAUUGCUUCAUAUAGAUGAUAUUGAAUAUGCCACCUCUUAUAUUAUCCAUCUUCUUUAUGAUUACGGCUCUAACAAGAUGCAAGAGCAGCAUCGGAGUGGAUCCCAGCGCACAACGAGAAAGCCGUAGUGGAAGUAAAGAACAGGAUGCAGAAGAUGGGCAGCCACGUCUCGAACAGACAAAAGACAACGACCCAGGUGAGCGCAACGUCUUGUUGAAAAAAGAUGAUGAAACAUCUAGAAGAACAACAAAUGACGAAGUUGUCGAUAAACGACAACAUUCGAGCAGAACAUCUUCAGUAGAGGGCACGACUCCCUCUCUUCAGAGCGUAAAAGUACAAGACCACUUCGGCCAGAAUUUGUGCCGAGUGGUCAAUUCCUUUCUGUUUCUAGGGGAAAAGUACUUAGCGGCCUUUCAACCCGCAGAAGCAGCUGCGUGCUUAGUGGAGGCCCUGCAGCUGAUAGAGAGAAACCAUUUCGCUUUCGAUUUGAAGGCGGAAUAUUUAGCUGCCCAAAAAUGUCUCUCCCACUUUACCGCCCAGCACGGCGCCGAUUUCGACUCGCUCACGCUGCAACGGCAUCAUCCCGGCAAAAUCCUCUGCAAAUUUGCUUUACAGCAAGCUCAAGACACGGCGGAGGCGCUCAGACGGACCUCCGAUUCGACUGCUUCUUCGGGAGAUGAUACCUCAGGAGCUGACACCUUGUCAUUAGCUGUGAAACUCGAGAUAGCUCUGGUGCAGUUGGAGUUCGUUCACCAGAUGUACCUCUCAGCAACAGAUGAUGCCUUACAGACAGUAUGUGGCGAUCUAAGCUUUCUAAUACAAGAAACGAAAGCGCAGAUCUGACGGGCAUGUCUGACGACCUUGAUUGCAGCAUGAAAUGAGAUGUCCAGGAUUGGCCUUGACUGCAGUGCAGGUCUGACAUUUGUAGCAUGAAAUGAGAUGUCCAGGAUUCAUUUUCUGUGGUCUGAGCCAUUUCAAAAUGGGCCUCCUAGCAAACGACUUCAACACCGAGAAUGAUAAUAUUUUUUGUCUCCCCUUCUUGCUUGAUGAGACGUGUUCAAUAUGCAAAUGAAAAUUGUUCUGAGUGAGAGAAGCGAGGCAGUACCCGAUAGAGUGUGAAGCAAAAUCAAGAGGGCCCGCGGCAUGAUAAAGAUAAGAAGUAGAGUGGUGCCCUAUACCAGAGCACAAAAA